GUAAAACAGUUUGAAAACUAGUAAAUAUAAAAAGAUAUUUUGUGCGUCAUUUUUUGAGUAUUUAAUAAUGGUUUAAAACAUAAAAGUUAAUUUUAUAUUUUGGUGCUAGCGCUGUUGUGGUGGAAAGAGUGCAAAAUAUUGAGAAAAAAAAAAAUGAAAGAUUUGCUAUUAUUAUGUAUUGCUUUUGUCAGCUUGCUGGAUAUUUACCAAUGUUGCGAGUGUGUUUACCAUUAUAACGGUUGUAUUAUUAACAAAGGAGCAUCAAAUGACAACGAAACUUGUAAAUGUGUGUACAGAGGAGAAUAUUGCACAAAAACAGCAAUCAAAGAACUACAUCUGUGCAAAGUUAAUACUUGUACAAGCAUUACUGUUGUAUGCCGGCUUUAUUAUGCAAAUGUUUGUAAAAAAGGCUGCACCACCGUUGAGUGUUGUAAUGCUGGAGGCGGUGACUGCCGUGGAUACAACAAAUAGUUGUAUGAAAUGGUUUAACAACUUCCUUAAGUAAAAUUAUACUGAGCUAAUAAAAACUUUUCGCAAA